GUGCCCCGCUCACUUCCUCGCUGUCGUUGCUCAGGUGAGCUGAGGGAAAGUUUGUGAAAACAGCAGGAUGGCGGACGACACGUACGAGUCGAUUCUGUGCGUUAAACCUGAGGUUCACGUCUACAGGAUUCCUCCACGGGCUUCUAAUCGGGGAUAUCGUGCUGCUGACUGGAAGCUGGACGAGCCGGCCUGGAGCGGCCGCCUGAAGAUCACAGCCAAGGCCAAAACUGCAUUUAUCAAACUGGAGGACAGGAACACAGGUGAGCUGUUUGCGCAGGCUCCGGUAGAGCAGUACCCCGGUGCGGCUGUAGAAGCCGUCACAGAUUCCAGUCGCUAUUUCGUGAUCAAGAUUGAAGAUGGAAACGGACGACACGCGUUCAUUGGGCUCGGCUUCGCGGACCGCGGAGACUCGUUCGACUUCAACGUGGCCCUUCAGGAUCAUUUUAAGUGGGUGAAACAGGAAGGUGAACUGGCCAAGCAGGAAGCCAGUCAGAGCACAGCUCCUAAACUGGACCUCGGUUUUAAAGAGGGACAGACCAUCAAGAUCAGCCUCGGGAACAUAAAGAAGAAGGACACAGCGGGAGUUAAAUCACGUCCCGCUGGUGCUGGGGGUCUGCUCCCGCCUCCUCCUGGUGGGAAAAGUGGAGGACUCCUCUCUCCGCCUCCUGGCUCCGCCCACCAUUCCACUACACCUACUCAACAGAGCACAGGGCUGUUGCUGGAUUUUGGAGCUCCUGCUCCUCAAACUCAGGCGUCUCAGGACCUGUGGGGGGAUUUUACUGCUGCUGGAUCAGGCACGACUCAGGAAACAGUGAAGCCAGGUUGGGUGCAGUUUUGAUUGUGUGGACGGGUACGCACUUUGUGUGUGUGUGUGUGAGGGCAGGAAGACACACACCCACACCCCCACACACACACACACACACACACACACACAUAAACAAGGACACACCCAGUUUUCCCUCAGAGAGUUAGAUGAAAAGCUGGAGAGAAAACACUGAAUGAAAUCCGAGAUCUGUCUCUCUCUCUCUCUCUCUCUCUCUCUCUCUUACACACACACACACACACACACACACACACACACACAGUUUUCAGUUUUGAGUUUUGAGCUCACUGAGAACAGAGCGAGGAUCCACAUUCCAUUUUUUUUUUUUUUUUUUUAGGAAAGUAUUCUUGAAGUGUAUUGAGUUUGUUUUUGUUUGUUUGUUUGUUUCUCAUGCAGUGGGAUCUGCUUUUAUCUUUUAUCUGUCGCUUUCUUUCUUUCUUUCUUUCUUCCCUUCAUUAAUGAUCAUGUCGUUUACUUUUACGCUUUUACUCCGAGCGACUUGUUACGAGUGAGGCAACGUGAAGUCCACUCACAGAGCCGAGCAGCUGAGGGUUACACAAUUAUGAAAAUAUUUGCCCUGAGGGAUUCGACCUCACGACCUUCAGGUCACUAGAACAGCGUCCCGUCCUUCGUCUCAGUGCUGUUUUGGACGUAGCUGUUCGUUUUCCUGUGUGUUUGCAGAGCCUUUUCGGUUUUAUACGCUAACUCGCUGAUCCGAAUUCUUUUAUUUUGGACCCAUGAAGGAACCCUGUGAUUUUAAAAAAAGAAAAAGUUUUAUUUGUAAAAUGAAUGUUUAAAGCCACACUUUGUACAACAAUGAAAUCUUUUACACGCAGUGGAGUCAGUUAGCCAGGACACGUCUGGUAUCUGUGAUGUUUUUGAGCAUUCUGUAAACUGUAUUUGUAAAUCAUGACACACUUGCAAAAAAAAUAAAAAAAGGAGCAAACCUCAGAGUUCAGACACUAAACGUGUCCCGUAGCAGAUUUCUGGCAGAACAGCUGCUGGAAUGAAGCUCGAUAUAGUGUUACUUUCCUUUUACUACUAAAAAAAAAAAGUCAGUGCAGGUUUUAUUAUUUCUCCUACACACACACACACACAUCACUUUCUCUACUGUGAUAGCAUUUAAGCUUUUAAUCUCUUCCCAAGUGCCUUUAAAUUAUAGAAACACAUGUAUAAAAUGUAAAGCAACACUUUCAUUUGUAAAUAAAAUCUUUUUUUUCCUUCUCUGUCA